GCCCCUCUUCCUGGGAAACCAGGUAGAAAGUCAAGAAAGUGUCCCGGCAGGGAAGAGGUACUUUCUGCAGCCUUUCCCCGACCACGUGACCACGCUGGGCUGAAAGAGGGAACAGAGGCCCUGGCGACGCCCAGAGCAGGAAUCUUCAAAAUCCAACCCAAUUCUAUGGUUACAAAAUCUAAGAAUGCUGCCAAAUCCUGGGAUCUAUUACCUCCCCUGGGAGGUUGCCGCUGGCCAUGUUCCUGAUGGAGGUGCACUGCGCACAUUUGGCAGGUUGUGCCUCUACGACAUGACGCAGUCCCGGGCGACCCUCGUGGCUCAGUGCGGAUCCGAUCAGCACCAGGUUCUCGUGUGCACCAAGUUGGUGGAGCCGUUCCAGGCCCAGGUGGGCUCCCUAUACGUGGUCCUCGGCGACCUGGAGCACCAGGAUGAUGGAAGCUCCACGGUGAAGGCCCGAGUGCUUACCUGUGUGGAGGGGAUGAAUCUGCACCUCUUAGAACAAGCCAUCCGGGAGCAGAGGCUGUACCAGCAAGAACAGGGGAACAGCAGCCAACAGGAGAGAGCAGCACCGAGCAUCCCCUCACCGGCUCCGGACAACCCGAGAGCUGCUGACCUGCUGGAGUGUGGCCACUUCCCUGAGUGACAGCCAUUUGUCUGGAACCAGAGAAAAGAGGGGUGGAUAGUUACUAUGACUCCUUCCCCUAAUUUGGGACUGUUCCAGGAAUGAGAGCCCAGAGAGCUGGUGUCACCCCUCCUCCCGGCAGGAGGCUGCAGGCACUGAGCUCCAGAGCCCUGGGGGUCACAGAAAGUUCCAGAAGAUCCUCGAAAAUAAAGGCCUGUGGCUGA